AUGUUGCGCCAAUGGCUGAGCUUUAUCAGCAAGCGUAAGGCUCAACUUGACAGCACAUCACUCGGUGCGCCUGCAGCUCUGAUAGAGGCCCCCAAAGGAGGCCAUGAAGCCGUGGUCGAAGUCUUGCUUGAAGAAGGCGCCACCAUCGAGACUAUGGAUGAUUCAGGGGAUACAGCACUGGUGCAUUUUGUGAGAUGUAAUCACGAAGCGGUAGUGGCGCUUCUUCUCCAGAUAGGGGCCAAUGCUGAGGCAGAAGAUAAACAUGGUGUGGCAUGCUUGAUGAUAGCCGUAAAGAACUGCAAAAAGGCUAUCAUGGAUCUACUCACACAGCACGGGGCCAAGAAAAGCUGGUCAUACUACCGUGCUCGUAUUUUUUAG